GGCAGGAGGUGAAAUCUGUGGUUCAUUAGUGCUUUGGGGUUCUUAUGGCACGGAUAUAUGUAACAGAAGAGAGAGGAGGAAGUGUUUUUUAUGUCCUAAGGAUCAGGAGAUAGCUGUGAUAAGGACUUCUUAUGAAACGAGAUAUUCAAGUUUUUUUGUUUUUUUUUUUUUUUUCUCCGUUCUGAGGGAAUUUAAGAUCUAAGAGUUUUAGAGAGAAAAACGUCACUAAUAUAUACUCUUUCUUGAAAAAAAGAGGGAUAGUAUGCUUUCAUUCGAGGGGCACUUGAGUUGAGUUUAGAAAAGAUAUUACCAAAGAAGAAAAAAAAUGGAUGAUGAGGAUGCCAACAAACUGUGGUGGAUUCGCGGAGCUCAAGCGUGGGCGUGGGUGAUCUGCGUGGUGGGCGGCGUGGGGAAUUUCGUCACCAUCGCCACCAUCUCCCACCAGCUCCACCUGUGUCGCUCCAAGAGGUCCUACUACGGCAGGGGCCUCAAGUCCGGCGAGGGCGGCCACGGCACCCGACCCCGCUGCCAAGGACCUUCCAUCAAGCUCGCGGGAGACACGAUCCUCCUGCUGCACCUGAGUCUCUGCGACUUCCUCUACUGCGUCGUGAACCUGCCCAUCACGGCCUGGUCUUACAACGUCCCCCUCGACGACACCCUGGAGGCGCCGGGGAAGGCCUUCUGCGCGGGCGUCGCCACCUUUCGCUACCUCAACGCCCUGGUCGAGUGGAUGACCCUCGGCCUCCUGACGGUGCAGCGCUGCGUCGAUCUGAGGCGGUCGAGAGGGGCGAGGCUCUUCAAGCCGCUUCCGACCUGCGUGAUCCUUCUCCUGUGCUGGCUCGGGUGCCUGGCCAUGAUGCUCGGCGCUGUGGUGCAAGGGAAUUUCGAGUACAACCCCGACGGCUUCAAGUGCGACAUGAAAGAAGGGAAACCCAAGCUGUAUUUUCACACGUUCGAGACCCUUCUGCCGUGCUGUCUGAUGGUCGUCGGGUGUUGCAGCAUCAUCAUCCAGAUCUGGAGGAAUAAGAGGAAGCUGAGAGCCUCCGGGAUGCAACCGGCGCUGGUCGAGAAGCGGAACCGCGACGCCUGGCGGUCCACAGCCCUCCUGCUGGGCCUCCUUCUGCUGUUCCUCGUCUGCGUCAUCCCCAACGCCGUCUACAACGUCAUCAGCUUCUACCCUGAGCUCGUCAACUCGUCCGUGUUCGUGGGCAUCUACGCCUUCUACUGGACUCAGUACGGCGUCAACUUCCUCGUGUACGCGGCCAGCAACGAGAACUACCGGAGGGCUUAUGGGCACCUCUUCUGGCGCUGUUCCGAGACGCUUCGCCGGUGCUUCGGUCGCGCCGCUUCGCUUCGGGGUCGAGGCGUCGCAGAGCAGAGGAACUCGGCCAUCUUCGCCGUCGGGAUCCCCAGGGACCUCAGGGGCGCCUCUGGUCAUCGGGGGAGCCUGAGUGGCCCUCCCGCGUCCGACGAGGAGCUCGCAGGGGGUCCGGGACGCCAGGCGAGGUCGGUCUCGGAGUCCUACCCGGCCGUCUGCGUCGAGGUCCCGGGCGUCCACCUCCUCGGUCGCCCUCGAUCCUCCCCCAGCAUGUCCUCCUUCGCCUCGACUUGCGCCUCCGUGGACACCGUCGAGAGUUACCUCAGCCACUUGUCUUAGCUCGGAGACGCUUGGAUGUUGUAAAGAUAUGUACAUAGUUACUGACGCAUAUGCAUGUAUUUAUGUAUAUACACGAUCGCUUAUUCUCCUAUGCACACAUAUUUAU